AUCUAUUCUUCUGCUGUCCGGUCAGGUGACUGGCGUUUGAGCAGCUUGCACAGGCUCCGGCUCUGCUCCCUAUCACACGUCCCAGGCGUCGAGAAGCGGACAGGCGUUCACUAUACAGCGGAUAUUUAACGCAGUCAAAAAAAAACCACAGAAAUCCUACAUUUAGACGAGAAGGCGAUCCGGGAAUACGACAUGGGGGAUCGUGCGGUUUUCUUGUUGCUGAUGAUGAUGGUGGCCACCUCGGCACUUGCUGUUGAGGUUCCAGCAGACGGAUCCAUGGGGCUGCUGGCUGAGCCUCAGGUCGCCAUGUUUUGUGGGAAACUCAACAUGCACGUCAACGUCCAGAAUGGCAAGUGGGAGCCCGACCCCACCGGCACCAAGAGCUGCAUCAGCACCAAGGAGGGCAUCCUGCAGUACUGCCAGGAGGUGUAUCCAGACCUUGAGAUCACCAAUGUCGUCGAGGCUAACCAGCCUGUUAGCAUCCAGAACUGGUGCAAAAGAGGAAGGACUCAUUGCCGUAGCCACCUGCACAUCGUGGUGCCCUACCGCUGCCUGGUUGGGGAGUUUGUGAGUGAUGCACUGCUCGUCCCCGAAAAGUGCCGGUUCCUGCACCAGGAGCGCAUGGACACGUGCGAGAGUCACCUGCACUGGCACACUGUAGCUAAGGAGUCAUGCGGUAACCGCACGAUGAACCUGCACGACUACGGGAUGCUGCUCCCGUGCGGCAUCGACCGCUUCCGGGGCGUGGAGUUCGUGUGCUGCCCCUCGGAGGCCGAGCGGGAGUCCGACAGCACGGACGAGGACGACUCCGACGUCUGGUGGGGCGGCUCCGAGACCGAAUACACCGACAACAGCAUGCCUAGGGAUAUGAGGCCUACAGAGGAGAAAGAGCCUGCCGCGACGGAGGAUGAUGAGGAAGAAGAGGAGGAAGAGACCCUGGAGGCUGACGAGGAUGGUGACGGUGAGGAUGACGAGGACGAGGACACCGAGACCGACGACCGCAACGCCAAUGAGUACGCCACCGGCAUCGCCAUGACAACCACCACCACUACUACCACCGAGUCUGUGGAAGAGGUUGUCCGGGAGGUGUGUUGGGAGGGUGCGGAGACAGGCCCGUGCCGUGCCCUGCUGCGGCGCUGGUACUUCGACCGUGACGAGGGCCGCUGCGUUCCCUUCAUCUACGGGGGCUGCGGGGGCAACCGUAAUAACUUCGAGUCGGAGGCCUACUGCCUGUCUGUCUGCAGGAGCGUGUUGCCCACCACCGCCCCCAGUCCCCCUAAUGCCGUUGACCGGUAUCUCGAGACUCCUGGAGAUGAAAACGAGCACGCCCGCUUCCAGAAGGCAAAGGAGAACCUGGAGGCCAAGCACAGGGAGAAGAUGUCCCAGGUGAUGAGGGAGUGGGAGGAAGCAGAGAGAGAGGCAAAGACCCUUUCCCACGCAGAUAAGAAGGCUGUCAUCCAGCGCUUCCAGGAGAAGGUGGAGGCUCUGGAGCAGCAGGCUGCCACGGAGAGACAGCAGCUGGUGGAGACCCACAUGGCUCGGGUAGAGGCACUGCUGAAUGACAAACGCCGCCUGGCACUAGAGAACUACCUGACUGCCCUACAGUCCUCCACCCCAAGGCCUCGGCAGGUGUUCAACCUGCUGAAGAGAUAUCUUCGUGCAGAGCAGAAGGACCGGCAGCACACCCUCAAACACCUUGAGCACGUGCGCAUGGUGGACCCCAAGAAGGCCGCUCAGAUUCAUUCCCAGGUGUUGACCCACCUCCGAGUGAUUGAGGAGAGGAUGAACCAGUCUCUGGAACUGCUCUACAAGGUUCCCAGCGUUGCUAAUGAGAUCCGGGGUCAAGUCGAGGAGCUGCUCCAGAGGGAGCAGGCCGAGGUCUCCCAGCAGCUCUCCUCCCUGCAGAGCGAGGGCAGGGUCAGCUACGGGAAUGAUGCCCUGAUGCCAGACUUGCCAGAGAGCACUGCCCCCUUGGAUGCGCAGCCCCCUGAGAAUAGGCAGGUCCUGGAUGGGUUAGGAUUCAUCCAUCCUGAGGACUUCGGACGAGUGAACCAGGUUGAGCCUUUUGAUUUACAUCCUGCUCCUGAUAGAGUCUCCACCAGACCAGGCUCUGGACUGAAGCCUGGGACGAUCCCUGAGUUGCUCAUGGAGGCUGAGGAGAGGGACAGUACUGGAUAUGAAGUCCACCAUCAGAAACUGGUGUUCUUUGCUGAGGAUGUGGGCUCCAACAAGGGAGCCAUCAUUGGACUGAUGGUGGGUGGUGUUGUCAUAGCGACCAUCAUCGUCAUCACCCUGGUGAUGCUGAGGAAGAAGCAGUACACUUCCAUCCAUCACGGAGUGGUAGAGGUUGAUGCUGCAGUGACCCCUGAGGAGCGCCACCUUUCCAAGAUGCAGCAGAAUGGCUAUGAAAACCCCACCUACAAGUUCUUUGAGCAGAUGCAGAACUGAUGCAUCCCCUUCCCCCACCCCCCCCAUCAAAAGCUGCGAUCCUCUGGCCCCAGCCUGGCCCAGUCCCGCCCCUCCCUCCAUGACCCCUGCUCUCAUGCCCAGGCGUUCCGAAAUGGGACAGCGUGGGCGGGGCUCUGUAACCGUGGCGACGCACAGCCUUCCGUCGCCAGGUGACGGUAAGCCGCAGGUUCUUUGGCUGCUUUCCUUACAGCUGGCACAGAAAUGGCUGCUGGCAGUUAGUUUUGAUGCAGUGGCUGUUUCGGCUAGCCUGUGUUAGUCAGCUGAAGCUCUCCCAGCUAUCCACCACUAGCAUGUCCUGCUCCACAGCUUUGCAGGAUUUGGCCAUCCAUAUGUCCGCCUGAGAACAAGCCUCUCCCACGCUGUCCUGCUCCACCCCCUCCCUGCUGCACCUAUAAACGCUGGGCACAAGGGGGCAUAUCCCAGUGUAAAUACCCCCUCUCUCCUUCCUCUCACUCUUCUCUUCUUUCCUUCUGCAUUUUGAUUACAGCUGUGCUGUGUUGUCCUUGCCAGGUUCUUAUUGGUAAAAGGCAAAGAAGAAAUGUACACUUCAAUGAGCUUUUUUUAUUUUUGAAUUAUUCUAUUCUAUUGAUCUUUUUUUUUUCCAAAAAAAAGAAAAAUUCAUGAAAAAAACACUGACAAGUGUUAAAAAAACUGAAUGUUUUUUAAUUUAAGUGUAAUGCAUAUAUGGCAGAGACUAGCUGUACUGUUUAGUGCAUGACGUUCACCAUUAUAAAAAUGUUCUGCUAUUUGUACAGAUCAUUUCACAUCUAGAGGUUGUGUAGAUUAGCGGGAUUGUAUAUUUAGUUGUGACCAUGUGACUUUAAAUGAGAUUCAGAAUCUGGUCUACUGUUAUGGAUACAUGCUUUAAGAGAUCUUUACGUAUCCCCCUCUAGUGGUCCGAGGUGGGACUGCAGAAUUCCAAUGAUGUUUUUUUUUUUCCCCUUCCUUUUGGCUUCCUGUAAUGUAUCAUUCAGGUUUCAUUUCGGCUUACUAUGCAUCUUCAGCGUGUUGAUUAUGUAGAUGUUUCAUCUUUAAUGUGUUUUUUGCUGUGGGCUUGGGGGAGGGUUACGUUUCCAGUGGUGGAGGUACAAGCUAAAUGUUUUUCUCCAUUGCUUUGUUCCUGUUAGUUUCGUCAUGAGAAGAAAAGCCAUGUCUCUUUCCCUUCUGUGUCCUUUUCCUCUUCCUGUUUGCUUUGAAAUUCAGGAUGUGUGAGAACCAAAAUCUGACCCUAACCACCAACUAGCCUUUUAUCCCUCAGUCUGGCAGGAAAUUAAAAUUUUGUGACAUCACCAACCCUGCCUAAAGGAUUCUGUUGUACAAUCUGGGUCUAUCCAGUGUCUAACUGCACCCCCUUAAUGUCUGUCCAUGUGUGCCAGAAUGACAGCUGUGCCUCUCCCACCCCCACAACCUGGUUUCUAACUGCUGUACUCAUUUCAGGAGUGACUUUGUGUACAGUACUGAGUCAGAUACUGUACAGUAGGACAAAGUUAAACACUGAAUGUAGCUAUUCUUUGCCAAAUUCCCUCAAAGUUCCCUCAAACUAGCCUCUGGAAAUUUACCGACAUGAACAAGUAUAAUUGGCUGCCUGAAAUUUUGAACAGAUUUCAAUUGGAGUGGUAGCUAAGGGAACUCUACCUUGGAAACUCGCAGUAGAUAUCGGGUUAUUUUGUGCAAGACAUAGUUCCUUUCACAAAGAACAGACAAGUGAAAAUUUAACUUCACACUUCUACAUGAACUAGGUUAGAAAUUACACCGAGUUCCACCUUAGCUAGUAUACUUUCCCUUACUGCAACCACUGAUUUAUAUAUAAAAGGCCAAAGUGCAAAAAAAACAGGAAAUGUCAGUAUUGGUAGGUGGAGAUUUGUGACUGACACCUGAGAUCAACAACCAAAAUCAAUCCUCAAUGGAAUCUGAUUUAUAAACAGCAGGCUGCAGUAUACAUUUUCCUCAUGUUUUGUGCAACUGUACAAACCAUUUUCUUCAAGUGGGAAAGCUUUCUACAUCAUAUUACAUAAUAAAGCUUAAAAUGUGAAA